AUGUCGCUUCCUCCCGAAUUGCUCGAUUUCUGCGUGUGCAAAGGUCCGGGGGACACGAUUUCUGAACAGCAGCUCGCCGACGCAGGGGUGAAGCGCGCCGUCAUUCACGGAGACGCGGCGCUGGAUACGAAGAAUGCGCUCGCAGUCACGUCGUUGUGCAAAGUCAGGUUGAAAUGGAAGUUCGACGAUGAAGAGUGCUGGAAACAGGAUGAAUUCGUCGUGUACGAUGGAACAGUACCGAGCGGUGUCGAACUGGCGAUCAUGAAUCUUCACGAGGGCGAAAGUGUCGCCUUCAACGCGCGCGGCGAAGCGGCGCUGACUGAUUUCGAGCCGCUGCCCAAGGCGGACAUCUCACAGGUCUUUCGGUCAGGUCAAGCGGAGGUCUUGGAUGUCAAACUCGAGCGUAAGGAUAAGUUUGACAUGAGCGCGAGCGACAAAAUCGCAUUCGGCGAAAAAAUGAAUGAGAUUGGCAAGAAGUUGUUCGCGAACGGUCGACUGGCGCGCGCCGCUGAGGUUUGGAAACGAGCCGCCGAGGUUUUCGCAGUUUUAGAGCCCGAAGACGAGGACGUGAAUCCGAACGGGAUGAAAAAUAACGAGGCAUGUCACGAAGUAGCUCGAAAAGUCUACCUGAAUAUGGCUCUCGUCAUGUACAAACUCGAAAACUUUACUGAAUGUGAAUUGUAUUGCUGCGAUGUAUUGGACACUCGCGUCGAUGAGCCGACGUACUCCCAAAUCAAAUCGAAGGCGCUGUUUCGACGAGGUUGCGCUCGACUGAAGCUCAGAAAAGUUUCGCUUGGAUCUAGAAUCACCGCUGACACGGCUGAGGCGGAUUUCUUCCUCGCCAGCGAGCUCGAUUCUAGCAUCGACGUCGCCGCGCAUUUCGACGCUUGCACGGAACUGCGAGAGCAACUCUUGGCGUCUGGAGUUGAAAUCCCGUCCGACGACGUCGAAACGCCGAACGUCGAAGAUGAGAUGAAUCAUUACCCUACCGAUAUCGAACACGCUUUGCGCCAAAUCCGACGCGAAAAUUUACACGACGGGUUGGCGUUCGAACAUCCGCAGAAGCGCGCGGCGAUUCUUGAAGAGCGCAUGCGCGUCUACAGGCGACUCAUGGAUGAAACGCCUUGGAGCGCGCUUCGAGGAACGAUGUUCGAUGCGGACUCUGAAGAGCUGCAAAAAACCGCCACCACUGCGCGCGAGGUUGAUACAUGA